AUGGCACCCAAAGAAGAAGCCCUGUACCCAGGGAUUGUCAAGCUGCUCCAGCACUUCAGGUGGACCUUGAUUGGUCUCAUUGCACCAGACACUGAUGAUGGAGAGAGGUUCAUGAAGACCUUGACGCCGGUGCUCAUCAAGAGUGGCAUUUGUAUUGCCAUCUCACAAAUCUUCCCACAACUUAAUACAUUGAAAGAGAAGAUCCAUCACCUUCCAUUCCUUAAGUGGAGACAAGUUCAUAAGUUUUGUGAGGAAGCUUUUAAUUGCUCCUAUUCAAAGCAGGCAUUCUCAGUGAAAGGCUGGACGAGAUGCAGAGAGAGAGAGAAACUGGAGAUGUUUCCCCAAGACGAUCUGGAAAGAAUCCUCUCUCUAGACAGCUACAGGAUCUACAACACUGUCCAAGCCGUGGCUCGUGCCCUAAAUGCUCUCCACCCUUUCCUGAGAUACUCACAGAUUUACAAUUCUUCCAUGGACGGAGUAUACUUGGAUGAGAAUGGGGAACUGGCAGCUGACUUGGACAUUGUGAACUGGGUGAAGUUUCCCAAUCAGUCCAUCCUAAGGGUGAAGUUUGGGAGUCUCGACAGACAGGGCUCCCCAAACCUGCAGCUCACCAUCAACCAGGAUGCCAUUGUGUGGCCCAAAUGGCUCAAUCAGACCUUGCCUCCUUCCAGGUGUGUGGAAAGCUGCCAUCCCGGAUUCAUCAAGGUGGUUCAGGAAGGAAAGCCACUCUGCUGCUACGACUGUGUUCCCUGUUCAGAAGGGACCAUCUCCACGCAGGAAGAUGCAAACCGUUGCACCAAAUGUCCAGAAGAUCAACAUCCAAACAAGGACCGAGAUCAAUGUGUCCCCAAGAUUAUCACCUUCCUUGCCUAUGAAGAACCUCUGGGGAUCCUCCUGGCUUCUUUUGCCCUCUUCAUGUCCUUAACCACAGGCCUUGUGUUAGGAAUCCUAAUGAAAUACACAGAAACUCCCAUCGUCAAAGCCAACAACCGGGACCUCUCCUACAUCCUCCUCAGCUCUCUCCUGCUCUCCUUUUUGUCCUCCUUCCUCUUCAUUGGCCAGCCAAGGGGAGGGAUCUGCCUCUUCCGACAAACAGCCUUUAGCAUAAUCUUCUCGGUUGCCGUCUCUUCUGUGUUGGCAAAAACCAUCACUGUGGUUCUGGCCUUCCAAGCCACAAGGCCAGGGAACAAGGUGAGGAGAUGGCUGGGAAAGAGUUUGGCCAAUUACAUUGUCAUUUCAUGUUCCAGUUUCCAAGUUCUCAUCUGCACCAUCUGGCUGGGGACCUCUCCCCCAUUUCCAGACUCUGACAUGCACUCUAAGCCUGGGGAGAUCAUCCUGCAAUGCAAUGAAGGGUCUGUUGCCAUGUUCUAUGCUGCCCUUGGCUACAUGGGCUUCCUGGCUGCCAUCUGCUUCACGGUGGCUUUCCUGGCCAAGAAGCUGCCUGGGGCCUUCAAUGAAGCCAAGCUGAUCACCUUCAGCAUGCUGGUCUUCUGCAGUGUUUGGGUGUCCUUUGUGCCUACCUACCUGAGCACCAAGGGGAAAUACAUGGUAGCUGUGCAGGUCUUCUCCAUCUUGGCCUCCAGUGCUGGGCUCCUGGGCUGCAUCUUUAUUCCUAAAUGCUACAUUAUCGUGCUGAGACCUGAUCUGAACACAAAGAAGCAUCUACAGCUAACAACCAAAUCAAAAGAUGGUAUGUGA